AUGACCGAAGUUGCUCCUCGAGAGGUUACCCCGCCGCCCCUCCAGACCCCUUCCGCGAAAGAAAAGAAGUAUGACCGACAACUGAGAUUAUGGGCUGCCUCAGGUCAACGCGCUUUAGAGGAGUCACACGUUCUCUUGAUUGUUGGAGAUGAAGGCCAUGGCUCCAACAGCAGCGUCGCCGGAGCUGAGACCCUCAAGAAUCUCAUUCUGCCUUCGAUUGGGAGCUUUACAAUUGCCGAUUCGGGCAAAGUCAUGCACCGAGACCUGGGAGUCAACUUCUUUCUCGAGUCGGAUAGUCUGGGAAAGCCACGAGCAGAUGAGAUGAGAAGACUUCUACAAGAGCUUAAUCCGGAUGUCACAGGGCAUGCCAUCACCGCUCCUCUUGCAGAGUGGCUGCCGGUCGAGGGCUCUCUCACGCCCUAUAAUCUCAUCUUGCUCUGCGCCCCUAUCGCCCGAGAUUUUCUCCAGAGGAUAUGUGCCUAUGCUUCGGCCAGUUCAAUACCAGUCGCCUACAUCCAAUCAGCAGGCCUUUUCGCUUCCCUUUCCAUUCAGCUGCCAUCUGAAUUUCCCAUAGUGGACACUCACCCGGACCCCGAAUCCACCCAAGAUCUCCGCUUGCUUGCACCUUGGCCCGAACUCGAAGCAGCUGUGGAUGAACUCGGCGACAUCAAGUCACUGUCGGAUCAUGACCAUGGCCACAUCCCUUAUCUCCUGCUGCUGUUACAUUACCUAAGAGAAUGGAAGAAGACACAUGACAACAAAUACCCCUCUACAUUCAAAGAAAAGACAGAGUUCCGUGAGAUAGUCGGCUCUGGAGCCAGGAGAAACAACCCAGAAGGAGGGGAAGAGAACUACGACGAAGCUUGUGCUGCCGUGCUCAAGAGCAUUGCUCCUCCGGUGGUAGGCAGAGGAUGCAAAGAGAUGAUGAGCAUGCCUUCGUGUACCAACCUGAACAAGGACACUGCAAAUUUCUGGAUCAUCGCAAACGCGGUCAAGAAUUUCUAUGAUAAUCACGGCGUGUUGCCUCUGCCCGGCUCGCUACCAGAUAUGAAAGCCCAGAGUGCGGACUACAUCAAACUCCAGACCAUUUACAAGUCCAAAGCACGAGCCGACGUGGCGGCAAUCACCAAGAUAGUCCGAGAGACGGAGGCUGCCUUGUCAAGAGAACACUCUCCCAUACCCGAUCCCGAGAUCGAAGCGUUCUGCAAAAACGCCUCCCAUCUCCGUGUCUUGACGAAUCCAAACAACGAACCACUGGCCUCAUUGCGCCUGAUGACUUCGGACUAUAAGACCCUCAACCGCCUCUCAUCUACCAUCGAAAACGAUUGGGAAGGACUCUCUCCCGUCUUCAUUGCACUGAACGCCAAUAUCUUCCCCUCAGACAAACCCCUCGACGUAACUGGACUCUCUUCGGAUCCCGAGGUACAGGAGAAUAUCACAAAAGCCCUCAAGGAGGUGGAGCGAGCCCAGGGCGGCGAACUACAUAACAUCUCAAGCGUCUUGGGAGGUAUGAUGGCACAGGAGGCUAUCAAGCUGCUUACAAGACAGUACGUCCCCGUCGACGGAACGUGUGUCUUUGACGGCGUGAAAAGCAAAUCGACGGUCUUCAAGUUUUAG